UCGUGCGAUGCCAUUACUCCCUCAGGAGGCUGAGAGAUUCGAUGGGCUGUCUCUACUUUACUGGACGAUCAUGGGCCCGCACGGCAUCAACCGAGCCGUACAGAGGCUGGAGUUCUGCGACUGCAAGAAAGGACUCGGUGUGAAAAUAAUCGGAGGUUACCGAGAGCUGACGGGAGAGGAGUUUGGUAUCUACAUCAAGCGCGUGAUAGCCGGUGGUUUGGCAGCCAUGGACGGUCGGCUUAAGUCAGGUGACCUGAUUUUGGAUGUCAAUAACAUCAGUCUGAUAGGGGUGACCAAUGACAGGGCGGUGGAGAUCUUGAGGACGGCCUCACUCUCUAAUCACAUGUCCCUGCUCAUCGCCAGGGACGAUGAAUCCAGGAGGGAGUUUGCUGAGUUGAUGGAGAAGUAUGGUUCCAAUAAUUACACAGCUUCAGGACGAAUCUCUCCCACUCAGCUCUCCACAGGGAAGCUGACAGACACCGCCUCCUCCUCCUCCUCCUCCAGAUCGGAAAGCCCCCAGCUCCUCAGUCCUAAAGAGGGGGUCACCGCAUACACCCACGCCCCUCCUUACACUGCCAACCCCCCCUACGCCGUGCACGCGCCCACGCACGCCUUCAGUGACAGUGUCAUUCAGUUGAUAUGUGUUGCCAAGGGAACAGGCCUGGGGCUCGUCAUCAAGGGGGGAGCCAACCGUGCCGAAGGACCAAUGGUGUUCAUUCAGGAAAUAGUGCCUGGAGGAGACUGCCAGAAGGAUGGCAGGCUGCAGGUCGGAGACCAGCUGGUGUCCAUUAACAAAGAGUCCCUUAUCGGAGUGACGUAUGAGGAGGCCAGGAGCAUCCUGACACGCACUAAACUCAGACCAGACCCUACGGUGGAAAUUGCCUUCAUCAGGCGGAGGUCAUCCUCCAGCUCCAGCAGCGGGCCUCACAGUCCUAUCUCCCUCCAGGGGUCUGGAGUUGGAGGCGGACCCCAGACGAGGCCCCCUGGACUGGGCACCGCACCUCCACAGCCGGCCGUGGUCACCAAGAUCACCUCCAGCCCACACCCCGCCAGUGAAACCCUGCCAGCAGUCAACGUCAGCCAGGUGCGAGUGUCUCCAGUCAGAACAGAGCAGACACAUGUCUCCUCCCCGCCAGAGAGUGACAGUGUCCCUGAUGCCAACCCUGAGCCUGGCAGCAGUCAGCCUCCUCAGAGGAAGUGCUCCCUCAGUGCUAGCUGUCGCCUCAAACUGGAGAGGUUGGAGCAGGCUCUGGAUCUGGUUGGUCUGAAGCCCACAGAAACUCAGCGGCAGGCGCUUAGGUCCAGACUACGAGCUGAUCCAGCGGGGACGGUGGCCUUCACAGACUUUGAGAGCCUGAUCAGGGAGCUGUUCAAGCCUCAGCUGGAGGAGUUGGCCGUCGGCCAGCCGGGGUCGAGGUUCACAUCUGAUGACCUGUCCAGUUUGUUGGAGUCGCCCACCAACCCACUGCCGUCACUGUCAGACUCUGAGGACCUAGAGGAGAUGGAGAGACUGAGGAAAGAGCACAUCGAGGCUCUGAGGGAGAUCAAGAGGCUGCAGGAGCAGCUGGUUGAGUCUCAGCGGGUUCACCAUCAGAUGGAGGAGGAGCUCAGUAAAGUCAAACAGGAAGUAAAACUGGGAGCAGAGGAGAGUCGGGCUCUGAGGACUCGGAUCCAGCUGGCCGAGGCGGCCCAGAAGCAGGCCAGGGGGAUGGAGAUGGACUACGAGGAGGUGAUUCACCUGCUGGAGGCCGAGAUCGCUGAGUUGAAGACUCAGAGGGUGGAGCAACCAGCGCAGACCAAUAAGCAGGAGGAGAUGGAGGAGCUGAAGAAGAGGGUGGCUGUCCUGGAGUGUCAGCUACGGAAGAGCGAAGCUGCCAAAAAGGGCUUUGAGAUGUCAACAGGAAAACUGCUGAGUUUUGUCGAGAACGUUCAAGAGUUUCUGCUCGAAAGUCACGGACCAACCAAGAGUUACAGCUCUGGAGAUGUUAAAGUCGGGGCAUCGUCUCAAGGCCUCCCCUCUCGCUACAAGAAGAAUCCGUGGACGGCGGCUACGCUGGCCCAGGAGGCGAAGGACCUCACACGGACUGUCAGAGCCAUUCUGGAGGUCGACUUGCUGACCUUCUAGAGGACCCGACUGUUGGAGAACAAAGUCGGCGAGGCUCUGAGACGUCAGCAGGAGCUCAACAGCCAACCAUGAAUUCUCUUCCCUGACAACUCCUCAUCUCCUCAGUACCUGCUAGCAACGGACUCAUGUCUUAUCUCUGCAUGAAACACUGUUUUGUUUCUGUGAAGCAUUUAUCACUGCACAUCUGCUGAAUAGUCACUGAACUGUGGCUUUGUUCCGGUGUUUUCACCUGCGUACGUCAAUGUACAAGUUUAAACAUGGAAGCUGUUUGUCACUUUGUCAGUUUAUCUCACGAGAAACGUUUAUGCAGGUUGAUACACUGGAAGGAGACCGCUGUAAUGUUGGGUUAGGACUACCUGAACGUUUAACAGUUUGGUCCAUUCAGCCUUGUAAUCAUGUGAUGAGAAAAACAGAGUAACAUCAUCAGGUCCACCUGCUGAACCUUCAAAGAAAUUACAGCAAGAAUUGAUCGUCCAGGACUCAAUGAUCAGUUUAUUUAUAUUUCCCCUUAUCAGUGGACAUUAGCAUUUAUAAAUGUUAAUAAGUGGUUUCGAGAUGGAGUUUGGUCCAGUUGGUCAAACAGUCCAUUGAAGAGGUCUCCCUAAUGAAUUAAAGAUGAAAGGACCUAUAUGUAAGUUUUGCUAUUGCUACAUAGAUAACAUUAGCAUUAACAGGUGUUUACUUACCAGUCAAGAAGAAACGUUGCAAGCUGUCUCGAGCAGUGGAAAUGAACCCUCUUGUUUUGCUUCUAUUUCCAAUACUUCUUUUCUUCUAUUGGAGUUAGCAUGCUAACCUGCAAGUCCCAGCCUGGGUUGGCCUGUAUCAUCACUUUCCGAUACCAAAUCACUGUAGCGUCCAGCCCUGAAGAGGUGGCGUGUAUUAUAACCUCUUGGCUAGCAAACGCAACGAUGGCCAAAGCUUUUGUCAAGACUAGUAAGUAAACGGUUGUUAUUGCUAACAUGAGCUAUGUAGCAAUAGCAACAACUUACAAAUAGCUCCUUCAAAAUUGCCAAUAAAAUUGGCACCAAAACACUUGUCACAUAGUAAUGUGAGGCAUGGUCAGAACUGUCAAAACUUUGGUGUAGUCCUUUGAAUAUGACUUAGUUUACCUUCCUUUAAAUGGUCUCUGUAGCAUCAAUAAAUACCUUCAUUUAAGAAGCAAUAACACUAUAACACAUCAAUGUUAAAAUAUCAUAGGAUUGCCAUUUACCGUAGCAGGUGCUCUCUUCCGGAGCGACUUACUCCAUUUAGAAAACACCUCACUGUAGCUCUGUCAGUUAUCUGAUCAAUGUGUAGCUUUGUGUUUGAGUGGCUGAACGCUUGUGUUCGUGCAGUAGAUUAGCCAGCGAAGCAAAUCCUGGAAAUAUCAUCAAACAGUAGAGGAGGAGAAAUCCUGAAAACCUCGCUCACCUACAAACACAAGGUCAGGAAGGACGAAGGAGCUUUGAUGUUUCAAACAGGAAGUACAGCCAUCAGAGUUCUGAUACCAGCAACGAUGUAAGGGCAGCUCCGGCCUGAUUGGACGCUUUAGAUGCUUUUGUCAUGUUUGGAGAUAUUUGCUGUAAAUCCUUUGUCUUUUUUUGAAGUAAAUAUUCAGAAACAAACUGUCCACAUAUCAUAUAUACACAUAUAGUUCUUCUUUGUGAAGAGGAACAGCCAUUUCAAGCUCAAACUGGGUCAAAUUCAGUUUUAGUGUCUGGAUUAUUUUGACUGUAGCUGCAGGAAAAGUCUCAAUUUGGUUAGUCUGAUGAACAAACUUGUAACUGAUAUAAUGAAAUGAAAAAAGGUUAAGAAGCUGUUGUUCCUUACCAGAUGGGGCUUGUUUGAAAUGCAAAGACUAAAAGCACUAACCUUAUGUCAGAAAACCAAACAGGAAGUUUACUGUGAAACUUAUUUUUUUGUUGUAUUAAAAAACCCUCCUGCUCA